UGCGCUUUCUCAGAGAAAAUCUCUCCACAGCUGGGGCGUCUGAGGCCGCUGAUUAAUAGCUCGCUGGGCCCGGGGCCGUGCCCCAAGCUGUGCCCCUGUGCGAGGCUGGGAGGAAGGGCGGGGGGCGCCCCUCAGGCCCUGGGGGGCUCACGGAUCCCCGAGGCAGCCCCUCACUCCCCGCACCCCUGCCGGAGCCUCGGGGGAGGCUUCCAGGAGCAGCACCUCUGCCCGGCCCUUCUCUCCAGCCUCUCCCGCCCGCCCCCAAUUUCUCCUCAAAGUCGGAUGAGAUGCGCCGCGGCCGAGGCGGCUGCGCCAUUAAACGUGGCUGGGGGCGUCGUUGGCCUCACGAGACCUUCACCGUCCGGCACCUGUACAUCUGCGAUUUUCACAAAAACUUCAUCCAGAGCGUGCGAAAUAAAAGGAAGAGGAAGACCAGCGACGACGGCGGAGAUUCUCCCGAGCACGACACUGAUGUCCCUGAGUGCGUGCCACCUGCCUGAAGCAAGAACAGCUCUUUUAGAGGUGGACCUGUUCCAGUUGCAGGUGAACACUCUGCGGCGUUACAAGCGGCACUACAAGCUGCAGACCCGACCCGGCUUCAACAAGGCCCAGUUGGCGGAAACCGUCAGCCGCCACUUCAGGAACAUCCCGGUGAACGAGAAGGAGACCCUGGCCUACUUCAUCUACAUGGUGAAGAGCAACAAGAGCAGGCUGGACCCCAAGCCCGAGGGUGGCAAGCAGCCGGAGUGAGGGCUGCCCGCACGGCCCAGGCCACAGACCCUGCCGCGGCAGCGCCGCCCGGACUGUCACGCGUUACUGUAAAUAAAAUGGCGUGCGGGCGCGCACCGGGGCCUGGCGGGAGUGGCCGCUGCCAGCGUGUGCCCACGAGGCCUUGUCUCCAAGCGGGUCCUGGCCGGGGCCCCGAAGAGGGAAGAGCAGCCACGCAGAUGGCUCCCAGCGCAGCAUCGGGCGGGCCUGGAGCCGGAGAAGAUGCAGGACGCGUAGCUUCCGCCUCGGUCGCCAGCCUUGUGGCCUCCCAGCCGCUGCGCUGCUGCCCUCGCUGGCCUGGCCCUGCACACGGAGGGCCCCGGCGCUCCCGCGGGACUCCUGAGCGCAUGGAGGAGACUGAGCCCCCGGAGGGCGCGGGCGGAAGGUGGACUCCUGGGCAGUCGCCGUGCCAGCUGCGCCUGUGGGGCUUCCGGAAGAGCCGGUGCAGAGCCCGCGCUGCCGGGGCUCGGCGCUCCCUGGACGAGGUCGGCAUCGGGACUUGCGCCGGCUCCCGGGCCGCGUCGCCACAAGGCUGGUCCUGGUGCAGCGUGGCGGGUGCUCUGCUCCGCAGCCGCCUGGCGGGGCCCAGUGCCAGCGCACGUGUUCCGUGAGGGCCUUCGCCCCGCGAGGGCACGGUCGCACAGAUGGAUUUUUCAAGUGUGAGUAAUUUACCUGAAUUUUUUAUGUUCAGAAACUCAGAUUCCUCUACCUAAUUAUAUCAGAGCCAAAGUAUCCUUUGAAAACAAAGCUUUAUAUCCAAAAGUACGCCUUUGCUAGCCGUUUCUAACUAGCGUGUCGGCGGAGCGUGUGACACGGGGGGAGGAGGAGGGGCCUCGCAUCCAGCCGCUGACCCUCCUGCCCUGUGUUGUGUCCAGAGUCUCCUUUUUCGCUCAGUUUUAAUUCUGAGUUCUCGCGCCUCAGCGAGCAGCCAGCGAGCGGCAGGGGCGUGCUAGGCAGACGGGCUGGGCCCCUCUCGCGGGAGCUGGCUCUCUGGCCACGUGAUGCCCGGUGUUCACGGAGCAGGUGUGUAGAUGAGCGU